AUGUGUCUUGACGAAAAGGAAAGCAAACGGCCACAACAAGGCGCCGUCGGCUUGGCCGGACCAGCCUCCGGAAGCGGGGCCGAAAGGGGUACGAGUUCCGGAGACACUCGGCAGCAAGCCAGCGCCGUCCCCGCCGAACCUGCUCCGGCGUAUGAGGAAGUGCCAACCGCGGAAGCAGUCCCGACUAUCUCCGACCCCUUCUGUUUCCCUUCCAGUGAUCAUCUCCCUCCCUACGAAGAGUCGGGGCCGGGCGGGCCUGUUAUUGCCAUUCCGCAGUGUAUUCCUGAGCCGGCGGCCCCCUUCGUCAACGCCUACCCGCCCGUCUUGCUCGGUCGCGGCAUCACUGACGCUAGCUGGCGCUCGUUUGUCGAGACCGUAUCGGCCUUUCUCGCCGCGAGCGUCUCGGAUCGAGCCAUCAGCUACGCCGGCGACGUGGCCAAGCACCUCGGUGAGCCCCCCAAGAGCUUCGGCAAGGGCAUCGCCGAGCGGGCAAAGUCGGUUGGCAAGGGCAUCACGGGCAAUGCUAAGCGAGGCAACGUCAUCGGUGCUGCCGGAGGCAUCCUCGGUGGUCUUGUUUACCUCCCCAUCGCCGUUGGAGUUGGUGCCAUCAGCACAGUGGCGCGUCUUCCCGGCGCAGCCGUGGGUGCUGUCGCCAAGAAGCCGCAGACACCGUUAGAGCGAGCGUCGGCCUAUGCUACCGUCGCCAACCGGAAGUGGCUUCGUGCCAGGGGUUUGCAGGCCUCUCUCGUCGACACCGAAGGCCUCUCUCGCCUUGUCGACAUCCCCUCUAAGAAUGUCUUGGAGCUAGCCACGAGCUCCAAGAAGGAGACUGCAUCGGCCCAGCUCGCCGCGCUCGAGGGAUACGUUGCGUCGCUUCAGGUCUCGGAAUUGGAAACCCUGCGGCUUGCGCCCUCGUCUCUGUGGUUAGUCUUGGUUCCGGUAGAGCAAGAGUGA